UUCCGCUCCUGCGCAGUGGCGCUCUAGAGGGCCGCACAGACUGGAGGUCAUGGCUGCUUCCCGUUUACCCCCGGCGACGCUAACGCUAAAGCAGUUCAUGAGAAGGCAACAAGUUCUCCUCCUCUACAGAAGAAUUCUGCAAGCAGUUAGACAAGUUCCAAAUGAUUCUGAUCGGAAAUAUCUGAAGGACUGGGCAAGGGAAGAAUUCAAAAGAAACAAAAGUGCCACUGAAGAGGAUACAAUCCGGAUGAUGAUUACUCAAGGCAAUAUGCAGCUCAAGGAGUUAGAAAAAACACUUGCUUUAGCAAAAUCCUAACUAUAACAUUAUUCUGAAAGGUUUCCAGAGUUUGUAUAUGUUUUGUCUGGCUCAGGCUCCACAAUGCCUGUUCAAAGCCACAUCAUUUGUAUGUAUAGUGCUUGGACAAAACAUCAGAACAUGGAGUGUGUCAUGUCAAAGAGAGCAAUGAAAAGCCCAUCAGAACAAUUGUCUUAACACUGAGAAUAUACCGUGUAUUUUGAAAAUGUUACUGGCUCUCUCAGCAGUUUUUGUAAGAAGCAAAGACCUGCACAACAGAUGGACAACUGGCACAUAAAAAGAUGCUCUCCACCAUUAACUGUCAGGGAAAUGCAAAUAAAACCACAGCGAAAGAUACCACUUCAUCUCCACAAGAAUGGCUAGAAUUAAAAAGUGAAAUAAUAACAAAUGUUGGUGAAACUGUAGAAAUAUUGUGACUCUUAUAUAUUACUGGUGGGAAUAUAAAAUGGUACAAGCCACUUUGGAAAAAAAUAGUUGCUCAGAAGUUAAAAAAUAUUACCAUGUGACUCAAAAAUUCUAGGUUUAUAACCAAGAGAACUAAAAACAUGUCUACCAAGAACUUGUACACAAAUGUUUAUAGUAGCAUUAUUCAUAAUAGCCCCCAAAUCGAAACUAUCCAAAUUCCCAUCAGCUGAUAAAUGAAUAAAAUGAAAUAUUUCUAUAAUACAAUUUAUCAAUAAAAAAAUGAAGUACCGAUACUUGUUAAAACCUGGAUAAAUGUUAAGAAUAUCAUUAAGUAGGGCCUCCCCGGUGGUGCAGCAGUUGAGCACUGGGUUGCGAAGCUGCCCGCGGCCUCUGUGGCGCCGGUUCUAUCCCUGGCUGCUCCCCGGCCACCGGAGGGGGGGUCCCACAUGGCGCGCAGACCUCUCCUGCCGCCCGCUGCUCCCCUCAGCAGUGUACUUCGGUCCCUCUGCCUGCUCUGCACCCAGCUCUGGCUCUGGUGAAUUCUCUCACCCUCCCGCGCUUCUGACUGUACCCAGUGCAUGUAUAAACAAAACAAACAAACAAAAUAAAUAAAACAUGCCUCUAGAAAAAUUAAAGAAAAAAAAAACUACAAAAAAAAAGAAUAUCAUUAAAAGGGGCCAGUCACAAAAUAUGACAUGUAUGAUUCUAUUUCUAUGAAAUGUCCAGAAUAGGCAGAAAGAUCAACAGAUGCCUUGGUUCUGGAUAGCACUAAGAGUAACUGCUGAUGGCAUGAUAGUCUUUGUGGAGUGAUGAGAAUAUUCUAAAUUUAGCUUGUGGUGUCAGUUAAUUCUGUGAAUAUACUAAAGUAUGUAGAGUUGUACAUUUUUACAUGUGCAGUAAAGCUGGAUUUUUCCUGGUUUUUAAGAAUUGAGAUAUGAAAGAUAACAUGUAAAUCAAUAAAGCUGUUUUUAUAAACAGUAUGAGAUAUUGGACUGGAGGUAUAUUGACCUCAGUAGACACUCUGAAACUUACUUGAAAAAUCCUUCUGCAUUAUCCCUCGGGGUUGUCGAAGUAUAUUCUUCAGAUGUGUCAUGAACUGGUAGAGAGAGGCCUCUUGAAAAGGUUGCCGUUGAGAAUCUAGAUCUUUGUCAGAAAGAGGAGAAUGAGAAGCUUAAUGAACACACAGAAGCACUUUACCAAAAAAGAGGGAAAACCUCAGACAACUUCUGGAUGAGGCGAAUACUAUUACCUUAACAUCCGCGUGAAAGAAGUAAAAUCUUUAGGGAAGAUCCUUAGUGCAUUGGGUUAUCCUCCAGUGACAGGAAAAAAAAAAGAAUUUGAAAAAUAUGUUGGAGACAGAAGUUGACUUUAGGACACUUUUUUUUUUAAAGAUUUAUUUAUGUAUACAAGCUGGGGUACAGGCCAGAGGUGGGGGGGGGUGAGAGGAUUCACCAGAGACAGAGUGGGGAACAGAACAGGCAGAUUGACUGAAGUGCACUGCUGAGGGGAGCAGCGGGAGAGACAGGAGAAGUCUGCCUCGCCAUGUGGGAAUCUCCCUGGCUGGCUGGGGAUCAAACUCGUGCUGCUACAGAGUCUGCGGAUUGCUUCAUAGUGCAGUGUUAGCCCCUUGCGCCACCAGGGAGGCCCUAGGACACUUAAAAGAGACCAAAUUUAUAACAAUAUAGUUAAAACUUGGGAAAAGGCUGGAAUUGGCUGCCCUCUGCUCAUCUAUAGAUCCAAAAAGUGAAUCCAAGAAUCUGACCAGCACCAGAAAGACAAAAAAGAAAAUAUCUAGUACUAGAUGUGUUAGAAGCAUAAACUGAUGGCAGUGUAUGUCAGUGACCUGCACUGUCAGGUUCCUCCCCUUCCACAGCCUCCCGGCCCACAAGACAAAGUAAUUCUGAAUACUCUUCUGCAGGGUAAUCUAAGUCAAGAUGUUUGCCUAAGCCAACUUCCAGAUUUUUAUACAGAAUGUAUGUCAGUCAACUUGUUGCAAAGCCCGUAAUGAACAGAAGCAGCAUUUGUGAACAAUUUCUGAAUAGACACUUGUUUUUUUAAAAUAUUUAUUCAUUGCAUACAAGAACUGGGGUACAGGCCAGAGGUGUCGGGGGUGAGAGGAUUCACCAGAGACAGAGCGGGGAGCAGAACAAGCAGACUGACUGAAAUACACCACUGAGGGGAGCAGUGGGCGAGGCAGGAGAGGUCUGCCACGCCAUGUGGGUAUCUCUCUGGCCGGCUGGUAUUGAACCCAUGCUGCAGAGGCUGCAGACAGCUCCACAGCACUGAGCUCAACCACCUGCGCCACCAGGGAGGCCCUGAACAGACACUUUGGAAAUGUUUGUUCUUUAUUCUUUUUGUGUGGCAUAACUGAUAUACAUAAAUAUAGGCUGUCUCUAGCAAAUCUAAACUCUUGAAGCUAAAAGUCAUCCUUUUAUGAUGUGUACAAGACAGUGAAUUGGUGAUGUUCCUCCAAUUCACUGACUUUAAAGCAUUUAAAGAGAAAGACUUUAGAGCAUUUGGAUUUGUAAGAUGAAAAUACUAGACACCCAAGGAAAGCUAGCUUAGUUUGCUGUUUUCACUUUGUUUCUUAAAGUGGGUAAAAUAUUGUAGUUUGAAUUCUUUCCAGAGGGUAAGAUUGUUAUAAUGGAAAUGAAAUCAUAAACUUUAUGCUUUCAAGAACAGUUUAAUAUGUUCACUUAAUGUUUUAUCCCCUCUGAAUUACAGGCCAAGCCUGUUGUUUUUUUUUUUCCCCCCAGCAGUUUCUUCUCAGAUAUGGAGACAUGGGAUUCACUAAAACAUUGGCCAGAACAGAACUGCUGCUGAAGUAUUUUAUUCGUCUUCUAUCAGUAUUGUGAGUUAGACGAAUUAUCUUUCUGGAUGUUCCCUAUAAACUAUACUUUUGUUUGAAUGUUAAGGUUUUGUUUCUAAAGUUUAAUUUCAAAAUUUUUUUUAAAUUUUUAAAAAUUGAAUUCAAAAAUAUUUCUAGUGUAUGAAAGUGGCAAGACUAUUAUUUAACAUAGCAACUGCACCUAUACUAUCUAUGCCUUUUAAGUGGGCCAUCAGGCUGGAGGUUUUAAAUUCCUGCAACAGCCAUUGAUGUGGAUAAAUCUGCAGAGACAGAAGACUUUAAUAUUUGAGGCAAGCAAAACAUUUCCUGGUAUUUACAUUACUAUAUUCAUACCGGUAAGACACUCAGGAGAAGCUGAAAAGCAGAGACCCAUACUUACCUAAAUGAGGUUUUUAUAAAUAAGGAAAAUGUUAGUGUUAAAAAAAAAAAAAAACCCAGAAGGGCAGCUCACAUCUACCUUGAGAAAGAUUACAAUAAGUUGCAACAGGAUCAAAAGCAAAUUAUCGCUGUGUCAAAUUGGAAAUCAUAACAGACUGUUUUUCUCCUCGGCAUUUGAGAAAUUACAUAAGGAUUAAAUUAAAGAUUAAGUCCUUUCUGCCCAUUCUAUUUUGUACUAAAAAAUAAGGUGCUUUUCUGUUCUAUAUCUUGCUUGUGUGGCUGAUAGAUUUAAAACUGAAUAUAUAUGCUCAUAUACAUUCCUUUUUUCCUAUUGAUAAC